AUGACCAAUAUCGAUCUCGUAAAUGAGUCUAGAAGGGAGAAUGAACAGUACUUGACGUGUGACAAAUACGGACAUGGCCGACAAACGAAUAUCGAUUUGGAAGAUCCUAGAAAUACUGGAACAAAAAAAUAUGGUUGUCCGUUCAAAUUGAUUGGCAAAAAGUCAAGGUUUGAUGAAUUAUGGCGGUUGACUGUCAGCGAUGGUAGACAUACUCAUCAUCCGGCUUUGUUUCCUCACGGACAAGGUACGACUAGUCGUAUAACUCCACAACAGAAAGCAAGAAUUAAAGAAUUGCAAAAUUGUCACGUGAAUCCAAUGUUAAUCAUGGAUAGAUUGAGGAAAGAUGAUCCGACGAUACAACCCUCUAUGAAGCAUGUUUACAAUGAGUUGGCCAAGAUUAAAUCUGAGGAAAUGAACGGCAUGACUGUUAUUCAGUUUAUGAUGCAUAACUUUCAACAAGGCGAGUAUCGAUAUUGGCAUCGCGUCGAUAGUGAAACGAGCAACACGAUUACAUAUAUUAUGUUUGCAUGUCCCGAAUCUAUUAAGUUACUACGGCUGUUCCCAUAUGGAAUGUCUCUUUUGGAAAUAAUUGGGAUAACUCCAGUUGGGAGGAAUUUUACAAUUGUUGUUGCAUUUAUCUCGCAUGAAGAUGCAGACACCUACGAGUGGCCUUUGAAUUGUUUGAAAGAGUUGCUAGAUGGUGUCGAACCUGAUGCGAUCUUGACAGACAGAGAAAAUGUCGAGACAAAUGCGAUGAAAUUUAUGGGAGGCAACAAAGAUCAAGGUCUAAUAUUCCGAUGUGGGCUGUGGGCUAAGCUGGUGAAAUCAGAAACCGAAGAAGAGUAUCAUUACAAUUACAAUGAAAUUGUUGGACAGUAUGCAGGAUAUCCUAGACUGAUACAGUAUUUGAAUGAUACGUGGUUGAUAUACAAGGAGAAGUUUGUUCGAGCCUAUACUCGCAAUGUGUAUCAUUUUGGGUGGAGAGUAGGUUGGUUAAAUGCUUCGACCGGAGGUCUGGAUAACGUGCAAGGGUUUGAUUUGUUAUGUUACGCGCAUCUGGCAUUAGAGAAAUUGGAUCAAGAGAUAGAGUCCCCGGCGAAGCAAGAUCCGAGUAUUUACACACACUAUCUUUGGAAUACUCAUGGGCUCCCAUGCGCGUGCAAAAUUGUGCAGAAAAUGGAAGAUAAUGACACGUUCGUCAUUUCAGACUUGCAUCCAUUCUGGAGUACCAUGGCAGUUGAGCCUUCGGAGCUACCUGAGUAUCAAGUAAACCGCGAGGAGAUUGUGGAUAGACAUAUUGAUGACCUGAAUUGCAAUUUGAAGAAGAUGAACUACACGAGCAAGAUAAAUGCCGUGGCCUCAUUGCAUGACAUUGUUUAUCCGUCUACGUCGCAUCUGUCCGAGCCAUCAUUUGUUAAGACCAAAGGACGACCAAAGAAUAACUCGACAAAGAGAGACCCUUCCGGAUGGCAAUAUCAUAUUGAUGAGGAGACAAUUAAGUCGUCUUGUGGUUCCAAGGUUCGCCAAACCUCAUCUGAUGCAAAGAUUCCUAAAGCAAAGGUUGAGAGAAGCACUGAUGGAACGCCUCAAUCGAAGAUGAAAUGUCGUGGUUCUCGUAUUCCCACACAAGAAUCUGCUGCCCCUACAAUACCUGCACAUGAAGGAAUCGACUUUUAUUCUUUCGUGCCCAGAUUUAUGGUCCGUCUUAUUCAAGAUUAUGUUAACGUGAUGGCGGAUGGCAACUGUGGGUACCGGUGUGUUGCUAAAGCCGUGUACGGGGAUCAAGAAAGAUGGUUGCAAGUGAGAGAGGAGUUGCUUAUUGAGUUAUACGAGCAUGCUAAUGUGUACACGGCGAUGUUUGGCAGUACCGGAUACGUUGAGGUCAUACGCAAGUGUAACUGGACCUCAGGGCCUUGUCCACAAGCUUAUUGGAUGUACAUGAAUGAAAUGGGAUUGGGCAUUGCUACCAGAUACAGUGCAUUACUGGUCAAUUUGAGUGUCUGA